GCUGAGUCGUGAUCAUGUGGCGUGCGGGCUGCUGGUGGCGGAGGUGAGAGACAAAUAAACAUGGAGGCCAUUUUUCACGAGAGGCAAGAAGGCUCUCUGUGUGCCCAACACUGUUUGAAUAACUUACUGCAGGGAGAGUAUUUCAGCCCAGUAGAACUGUCUUCUAUUGCACAGCAGCUGGAUGAAGAAGAGAGAAUAAGGAUGGCGGAGGGAGGAGUUUCUAGUGAAGAAUAUAGAACAUUUUUGCAGCAGCCUUCUGUAAACAUGGAUGACAGUGGCUUCUUCUCAAUUCAAGUUAUAAGCAAUGCCUUGAAAGUUUGGGGUUUAGAACUAAUCCUCUUCAACAGCCCAGAGUAUCAGAGGCUCGGGAUCGACCCUAUAAAUGAAAGAUCUUUUAUUUGUAACUAUAAAGAACACUGGUUUACAGUUCGAAAAUUAGGAAAACAGUGGUUCAACUUGAACUCCCUCUUGACGGGUCCAGAACUAAUAUCUGAUACUUACCUUGCACUUUUCUUGGCUCAGUUACAACAGGAAGGCUAUUCAAUAUUUGUUGUAAAGGGUGACCUGCCAGACUGUGAGGCUGAUCAGUUACUGCAAAUGAUUCGGGUACAGCAAAUGCAGCGGCCAAAACUGAUUGGGGAAGAGACACUGCAAGCAAAAGAUCAGAGGGUACAAAAACCAGACCUGGAACAAGCACUAGAUGUUAAUCACCCAUUUGAUGGUACAAGCAUGUUAGAUGAAGAUGAAGAAAAUUUUCAAAAAGCUCUUGCUCUGAGCAGGCAAGAAAUUGAUAUGGAGGAUGAAGAAGCUGAUCUCCGGAGGGCCAUUCAACUUAGUAUGCAAGGAGGCCAUCGAAUUGGCCUUUCAGAUUCAUCCACACAGAACAUUCCACACUCAUCUGAAACAAACCAGUGUGAAUCUCUUACAUCAGAAGAGUUGCGACGGAGGAGACAAGCCUAUUUUGAAAAACAACAACAGUUGCAUCAGCAAGUUCAGAAUCCAGAGUUCCACAGUGCACCAGCUACAAGUUCAAAUGUACUAGUCACUGAUCCAGGAGGUGAUAUGAGUGAAGAUGAUAUGCUUCAAGCAGCAAUGAAUAUGUCCUUGGAAAGUACUAGAAACACCUUGAACACAGAACAAAAGAAAUGACAAAAAUGCUUAUUUUUUAUCUAAACACUAAAUUCUGUAUUAUUCCCAUGUGGGUGGUAUCAAGGUAGGGUUCAUUUCACUGAUGUACCAAAGCAGGAUAUAUCCCUAGGACUACAAAUCAGAAUUAAAAGGCAGUCUGCAUAUAACACAAAGUAUUGUCAUAAAGGAUUUAGCUUGGACCAUAUGACCAGUUCUAACCAAGUUGGUGGAAAUACCACUUAAGCAAAGGUAUAUCAGUAUGUUUUAAAAUCUCAUCCAGCAACAUCUGGACUUAUGAAUGAUCAGGAUGAAUUUGUGAUAAUCCGUAUAAUGUAAAGGGGAAGCAGCCCUGUUUAGCUAGGAUGGCAUGCUCUUGUGGGUUAUUUACUUCAGAGCAAGAUUAGCCUUUCAUGCCCAGCUACACAGCAGCCCCUCACAAAUUAGCCUAAGGCCCUUCUGAUGGGAUCAUUCAUGCUAUCCAAGAUUUUGUGUCAACUGAAAUUUUAUAGAUGUACAUGUAUGCUGAAGGGUGCUGCAGGCACCUCUUCUGUCGACUGAAUAGCUUAGGCUGAGUAAGUAUAAUUUGCCUUUCAUUCCAAAGGUAUUUCACUUGCCUUGUAAAUAAACAGAAUAUUGAUUAGUACUUUCUCUCCUUUCCAAAAUGAAAGCAUUUCAUGAAAUUAUUAAAAGUUAUUUUACUAGUAUAUGCAAACACAUAACAGUUUAACUUCUGGAGUUAAUAAGCUGCAUCUUUGCUGUCUUAAGAACUGUAAGACAUAUGCAAAUCAAGAAGCCCAAUUUGGAUCUUACUGAAAAACUACUUUUUAAAACCAUAAUGAAGUUUUAACCUUUUUUUUUCCUCAAAGGAGGCAAAAAGGAAAGAAUUUUCUUUGUUACACUCUUUCUACUAAAUUUUGGACAAUCCUAGCCUCAAUGCACUGUUUUAGUACAAGCACUCAGUAUCACUUGGAUGUUGGCUGGAAAACUGAAGUAGUGGGGUAUAUUUAGUGAACAAUUCCUAUUCUGUUGUAAGGGAAUUAAUCCUUUGCUUUAUCUUUUAUGUUCAUUACUGACUUUGUACAUGUAUUAAAGACAACUAGAUGAUCAUAAGCUGCCUUAUACCAAGUUGGACCAUUAGUCCAUUUACUCUAUUAUUGUGUAUCCUUUGUGGCAGUGGUUCCCCAAGAUCUCAAGGUUUUCUCCACAGCCCUUCUACUUGAGUUCUCUUUAACUGAAGAUGUCUAAGAUUAAACCUGGAACUAUUUGCAUGCAAAGCAUGGGCUCUGCCAUGGAGCUGUGGCCUUCCCAGAAUUCUAGGCUGACUCAGAAGUGAGGAAAGAUGCAUUUUGAUGCCAUGACUUCAGUGCCACAUUACUAAUGUGCAUACCUGCUAUCUGAAAUGAACUCUGCAUGGUUACCUAUGUAUUAAGAAUGAUAUUCCUGAAUGUGUGUGGAUGUGUAUUCUAUCAGAUGUUAAUGAAUGUUUUCUGCCUGCAAGAAUUUUGCAGCUUUUCAUGAAUGGCCUUCGUUCAUGCACCUUACAGAAUUUUCUGCCAUUUUUUCUGUUACUAAUGUAAAUUUGGGAGCAAAUUUUAAGCUAAUUUCAUUCUUUUAAUUGAAUUAAACUACAACAGAUGUUCACACUUGGCAUUUUAUAUUACAAAAAUAGUAUUUUUUUUCUUUUCCUUUUUUAUAAAUGAUGCUUUAAGCAUACAUUCUGUUUACAUAUAUGUCUUAUGGCUAUGGUUUUGGAUGUUAGAGUGUACAAACUGUAUUGUGUUUAAGCCAUAGGCUUUUGCCAGACACAAAGAAAAAUCUUGCAAAACUUUUUUUUGCUAAUUGUUCCCAAUAUAUUAUAUUGCACCAUACUGAUGUGUCAUCACUAGCCACCGAAUGAUAAAGAACUGUAUGCAAAUAUACGGUACGAUAAGGAAUAAUACAUUAUAAUGAAGAAUACAUGGACUUUGGUAUUUGUUUACAAUUAUGUUACUUAGAUGGCUUGCUUAGAUAGAGGAGCCAAAUCCCAAUUGCCUUACCUGCAUGCUUGUUGAUAUCUGUAAAACCAUUGUGUAAGUAUAGGCAAUGGGGUUUGGCUCUGAAGAUGAGCAUAAUUUUGAAAAAUGGAGCUAGCCUUAUCAUUUCUGUAAAGAUAAGGUAGCACUGUUUGUCCCUACACAAUUAAGGGCUCCAUCCUAUGCUGGGAAUUAUGGGACUUUUUUCUGUCUAAAAAUGCAUAGGAUGGCACUCUUACCUGAUUAAGGAAAUUAGCUUGCCAAAUUUAAUGCACCAUAUUCUUAAAACGAUUGUAGUGUUAGUCAAAUAAAGCUAUCUGUAUUGAUUUUAUUUUAAUUUUGUUGCUUUUAAGCUAUUACUUGAAAAUAUGCGAAGGGAUUCAUAUAAAGCAUAAAAUGAAAUCAUAUGAGUCUGUAAAAACCAUAAUUUUAUUUUUUCUUUGUACUUUUUCAAUAAAUGGUGUUCUUCUGGACAA